AUGCCCGACCUGCUGCGGGCCGCGCCACUGGCGCGCGAGCGGCUGCCGGCCGUGGAAUCUAGUGCCUGGACCCCUUUCUUGGCGGAGUGUGUCCAGGAUGCAUUUGCCCAUGCGCGUGACGCAUCCAACGUAGCCAAGCGCAUACGCACAAGUGGAGCGGAGAAAGUCGCGUGCGGCGCGUCGCCCUCGCUGGAGCACGGACGGCUGGCCAGGGCGCAGUGGCACACGCGCGCAUCCACGCACAACGUGCCGUACGAAAAGUUUGCAAAGGGGCUCCUCGAGGAACACACGGUGCAGGAGCAGCAGUACAUCGAGUCGCUCGAAAAGGUAACGUGUCUCGAGGCGCUGCAGCCCAACGUCGGGAUCUGGCACAAUGCGUACAAGCUCCCCCCGCUGACCGCGGACCGCGACUUUGUCGAGCUCGUCUUUGCGAUCCCUCUGCCGCCACACCCCGAGCCGUUUUCAGCGGCACACGAGCAGGCGUCGCUCGAGGCCGCCUUGUGGAUGCAUGGACCGCCCGCGGCGCCCCGGCCCGGCGAGCUGCGCUCGUUCCUCGUGCUGAGCCAGCCGAUCGCGCACGCGCGCGAGAAGGGGUACGUGCGUGCGUACUAUGCCAGUGUCGAGGCGGUGCGUGAGCGUGCCCCGUCCGAGACCGAGUGGAUCAUGACGGUCCAAACCGAUUCCUCGGGCUGGGUCCCGCUUUUUCUGCAAGAGCUCAUGAUGCCUUCCAAGAUUGCCGAGGAUGUGCCUAGUUUCCUAGCCUAUGCCGAGCGUCUGUAG